AUCAAAUAAGGUUUUCAAUUCUCUGCUUCUACGAUGACCCCUUCCAACGGAAUACCAGAUACGUACACCACCCGAUGGAACACUCACUCGACCCCUAUCAAUAGCUCUGCGAGCAGGAGUCCCAGCUCUUCAACACAAACAAGAAAAUACAAUACUUCUUGUGACGGGUGUCGAAAGUCUCGCGUUAAAUGCUCAGGUGGCGUUCCUUGCCGUCGGUGUGCGACUUCAUAUAUUUCAUCAACAUGUGUCUACAGCCUUUCUCAGCGUCGAGGGAAGAAAAGAGCAGGCACAAACAAUGUGUUAUCAGCAUCGAACGAACUCCCGUCAUUAGAGAUCACACCACCAGACGUUGACAUGGGAUUCAGUAUAAAUAUGUCAUCAACCUCAUUCGAGCCUCAAAGCAUAGACCCAGCUCUUUUUAAUAACGUAUUAGGGUUUGAGCAAACCCUUACAGACCAAGAUGCAGGAGCCAUCUCAGGAACUUCAGGCACCGCAAACUCUCCAUCCCUGACCGAGAUUGUGAACGCUCUGGACUCUCCACCUCCAUCCUUUUGUCUCAAGCCAAAAGCAAAGUGCCCCAAAGCAUGUUAUGCCGAUAUACACGACAUGAGCGGCAGCGUGGAUGCUAUAACGCAAAGUCCCGGGCAGACGCCACUCGAUGAGAUACUAUCAUUAUUCCAGCGCGUCUCCCACAAAUCUGCACAAUAUCUCGCAUGUCAGAAUUGCGAUACAGGCUGUCUUCGUCAUAUCAACCUCGUGAUGCUUCAUCAGCGACAAGUCAACCUUCUUUCCGAACUUGCUGAAGACCCAGGGGAAUAUCUCAGGAAUUACUUCACACAAACUACCCUUGGAAGCUUUCAGACCUCAAAACCGGAUGACAUUGCGAUAAAGCAGUUGAUGGUUAGACAUGCGACGAGAGAUGUCAGAUUCUCCGUGGACGCUGAUCAUAAAAGCGCGACAGGGUUUCAAGAGAGGUACAUAGCGGGUACAUUGGAUUUGAGUGAUACGGGCAAGCUUAAUGUGAAGUGGCUGGUGGAGGUGUCGGAGAAUCUUAGGAGGACGCUUGAACAUGUAAGAGUUCUGCUAGAGAAGGAUGAUUGGGCCACGAAGCUCCUACAUUCAUAACACCUGGAAAAAGACAGGCAGGGGCUUGAUAUGCAUUCAUGUCAUUCUUUGGUCAUAGUUGGGCUAAACCAAGCGAAUUCAGUCAGGGGAAAACCUUCGGGCAACGACCCCUU